GAGCAUGUUCGAGCGCUACAUCGAGGGGCUCGUCGUCGACUACUUCUCCGAGUGGCUCGAUGGCUUCGACAAGGAGGGCAUGCGCGUGGCGCUCUUCGGCGGCAAGAUCUGCUUCUCCAACCUCAAGUUCAAGCGCGAGGCCCUCGACGCGCUGCGCCUGCCCUUCGUGCUCAAGGAAGGGCGGCUCGGCAACCUCUUCAUCAAGGUGCCAUGGAAGCGCCUCUCCAAGGAGUCGGUGCAUGUCGUCUUGGAGGACCUCUACCUCGUGCUCGGGCCGUGCCACGAAGGCGCCAACGCGGCGACGCAGAGCGAGCGCCUCCGCUGGGCCAAGCAGCACGAGCUGCGCAUGCGCGAGCUCCUCUGCGCGAGCAAGUCGGACUCGGCAACGCCCACGAGUCCGCGUGAUAAGACAGAGACCAAGACCAAGCAGAGCUCGAGCUGGAAGUACAAGGACAAGAUCAUGAACACGGUGCUCGAAAACCUCUCGUUUGAGCUCAAGCGCAUCCACGUACGGUACGAAGACACGUCGAUGGAGGUCUCGUCGCAUCCGCUGAGCUUUGGCAUCUCGAUCGACGAGCUCAAGGUCGCAACGACCAAUGCAAACGGCCACGUCGCGUUCCUCGAUCGGUCGAGCUCGCACACGCCGUUCGUGCACAAGCUCGUCGAGCUCAAGAGCUGCUACGUCUACUGGGACCUCGCCAAAGCCACGGGCGGCACGCAAAUGACGUACCUCGUCGAGCCGUUCAGCACGACCGCGAAGAUCACCGAGAACAACGACGCGUCGUCCUACAACUUUAUCCCGCGCUACCGCGUGCGCGUCGCGGCCUCCGACCUCGUGGUCGCUGUCGCGCCGUCCCAGUGCAAGGACAUCACCAACGUCCUGCAUUUCUUCAGCGCCCACGAAACGUACCUCAAGCGCAGCGAGUGUCGCAAGCAGCGCCCGAGCGUCAGCGUGCGCGGCAACCCCCGCGUGUGGUGGCAGUACGCUAUCAACGCGACGCGUCGGCUGCUGCUACCAGCCACCGCGCUGCCGCCGUCGUGGCGCCAAUACGUCUUUCUCGUCAAGAUGCGCACCGCGUACAUUCCGUUGUACACGCGGUCGCUCAACCUCGCGCCAUGGAAGCCACCGCUCGAGCCCGCCGAAGGGGUGCAGCUCCAGGCGAUGGAGGACGAUCCGCGCUUGACGGCCGAGACGCUCGUCUUCUUCCGUCUCUGCGCCAAAGAAGAGGUCGCCAUGGAGACGACGCGCCGUAAACACAUCAAGGAAUCGACCAAGACGGCCAAGUGGAGCCUCUUGAAAAAGUCACCGGCGCCGUCGCCGACCCACGCAGCCACGACGCCGCCGACGACAAGUAGCAAAUUCUCGCUCUUCUCGCCGCGCAAGGCCGAGCCACCGCCCGUGCCGCCGUCGCCAACGUCAUCAGGCCCAGUGACACCGACCUCGGCGCUGCAAGUGACGCUCGAGCCCAUUGAGCGCCAGCUCGUGUACGAGCACGUGGGCUCGUGGUUCUUUGAAGACGACGCGCUGCCCGUGGCGCCCGCGCCAUCAACAGCAUCCGUGACAUCGCCCAAAACGACCAAGUCCCCCGGCAUUCUCUUAGGCCUCGACUUCAACAUGGACCGCGUCCAAGUCGCGGUCGCCAAAGAGAGCCUGACCGACGCCAAGCAAGUCAUUCGAAAAGAGUUUGUCCGCUUUGAUAUGAGUGCGAUCGCGUUCUCGCUGCAGCACCAUCUGCAUGUCGGCCACGGACGCCAAGAGUGCAAUGUUGAGUUUUCUGUCGGGCACGUGGAGCUCCUCGAUGCGACGGUGUCCGCCGACUCGCCCUUUGCCGUCAUUUUCGGGCCACUCCCGCACUUGCGGUCCAAAGCGCCUUUGAUUCAGCUCAAGUACGACGCCCAACCAACGCUGUCGAGCAUCACUGUUGCGAUCGACCCGGCGCGCCUUCUGUACCACAAGAAGGCCAUGGACAAGAUCACAAAAUACAUCACACCCGACCUUGACAAGAAAGCCGCUUCGUCCAAAACGACGGCAGCCUUCAACGACGACGACGACGAUACGACGCUCGUACCUCUACACGUUGUCGUACACGUCUCGCAAGUUCAAGUCGCGGUCGCCGGCGCCGACGAUGCCUUCUUGCUGUUGCACAUGACGGGCGGCAGCUUUCGCACGGACGACGUGCACCAAGCGUUCACGUCGUCGCUCGAGGCCGUCGAUUUGCUCUUGGUGCCUGUGGGCCAGUUGCAUUUGCUCGCUGACGAUGCGACGCUGGCCCACAACUGCCGGCUUUUCAAGCGGUUUCCGUGCGCGGUGCAGGGCACAUGCAAGGCGUCGGCUAUCUGGAGCUACAACGUGGUGCUUGGCCCGCUGCUCGCCAACGUCCUCGAAGGUCAGGUCCGGUCGCUUGUGCAUUUGGGCAUGUACUUGGCGCCACCGUCGACCUCGGUGGCAUCGACCAAAGUCCGUGGUCUCCCAACCCCGCUCGAGGUGCAUGUGGAGACGUCUGCGGUGCAGCUGCGUGUCGUCGGCAAUGAAGUGCUCCGGUCCGGCCUGCAGCUGGAGGCCGCCAACGUCAAAGUGGAUGCGACCCGCGAGGCGACGGGCGCGCUGACGCUCACGGGACACAUCGAGCAACUCUUAGGCAAAGAGGCUGUGGCGACGACGACGCACCGGUCGUAUACGUUUGAUGAACGCGUCACAACAACGCUUCUCGCGAUGCCAGACGUGGCGACGUGGACGUGCGUCGUGGCGGCCGGCGCGCCACCGAUCUUGACGCUCGAGCUCCCGACGCUGGACGUCUAUUGGAACUACCACGUACUGAAAGAAGCUCUCCUGUGCUUUCUCGUACCGUGGCCACUGAGCCCCGUCCUUGUCUCGGACGCUCUGCUUGCAAACGUGAGCUUGCGCGCGUCGGGUGUCCGCUGGCGCCUCAACCCUGCCGACGACGUGACGUUCGACGUUGUCUGUGGCAAGCUCGACACGCGCACGGCUAUCUACGUCAACGGCGACGUCUUCUGCGAUAUUACGUCGACCGACGUGCGCAUUUCGGGCGCCAAGGACGCCGAUGUGCUGCUGUUGUCGCUGCCCGGAGAGGCGAUCUUUCGGUACGAAGCCAGCGGCGCGGGCGCGCUCGUGAACCGGGACAAUGCGGCAGCGUACAUCAAGGCGGCCCUGGGACACGUCCACUCGAGCUACCACCACGCGUACGUUGUCGCCUUUGGUCAGUAUAUGCUGGGACGCGUCUCGGAGCUCUUUACGUGGCUCUACUUGGCGCGCGAAGGCUUGGGCAAAACGGCUAUCGCACCAGCCCUCUUGCGCUGCAAGGUCGACGCCAGUAUCGAGAGCAUCGAGAUGCAGCUGCCACCCGGCGUUCGUGCGGUCGCCGACUGGGUCGUCCGCGUUGCAUCGAUACAAGUCACGUCUUCCCAGUACCUCACGACCGACUACGAGCAGUACACGAUUGUGUUCGAUCUGGGGCUGCCACCGUAUUUGAGCGCAAAAGGCGCCAACAUUGUGUUUGUCGCGGCCAAGAGCGACACGCGCCUCGACGUGCUGGCGCCAGAAGUGACGCUCGACGUCGGCCACGACCAAGUCGCGUACGCCCUCGCUUUGGUUCAGGACAACUUGCUGGCGCCAGCGCUGCCCAUGGAGGUCAUGGUGUCGCCAUUGCAAGAGACCGAGGCGACCGAUGACAGUGUCAUUUUGCGAACCAGUAUUGUAGUCCCGACGCUGACGCUGACGCUUUUACAGCAACACAAGCCCCUCGUGACCCUCAAGAUGACGACGACACGUCUCGAACUCGAUGAAUUCACCAACGACGCGAUCACGCUGCAAGCCGCUGUGGGCGAUAUCUCGGUCACUGACACCGCCAAGGCCCUCGACCUCCACCUCUUUGCGCGCGCUGAGCAGAGCGCGCUGAGUGCCAGCGUCGAACUCUCGCCCAACGACGGCAACAAGACGGUGGUGUUGCGUCUUGACACCCUCCAUGUCGUGCCCCACGUGGCCACGCUCUUGUCGGUUGCUGCAUGCUUGCAGCAGAUGCCACGCCCGCCGCCGCGCUCUACUCCGACGACGGGCUCGCUCGACGUGACACUCAAGCUUCUUGAGUACAACGUGCAGCUGAGCGCGAGUCCUGGGCGGAUUCUCAGCGUGCUCGGGACGCUCGAGGGCCACAUCGCGCAGUCCAGUAAGCGGCCGGUCGUCAACCUCAAAGGCGCCGAGACACUGCUCCUACUGAGCGAAGCAUGGCCACUUGCAUCGGCGAUGCCGCGCCUCGGCGAUACGCUGCACCUGCUCGUCCACGGCGUCGGGCGCGCGCUCUGCGCCGGCUUUGGCUUUGAAAUCGACAUGGCGCUCUCGGAGACUGUGCAGCAGAUCUCGGCCUACCUCCUCGACGUCCACGGUGUUUUGAGCGGCGACGACAUGGCUUUGCUCUAUUUCACCGCACGCAGCUAUGCACGGCAGCUCGCACGCGCGUCGAGCGAUGCGCCGUCGGCGUCCGACUGGUUCAUCACGCUCGUCUUCAACUGCGCGAGUUUGACGCUGAUUUCACCGCAAGGCGACACGUUUGCGCCGAUGCUCAAGCUCUAUCUGUACAACUUGCUGCUCAAAGAGUCGUACAAGAGCUCGAUCAAUGCGUCGAUGGCGAGCGAUCUCAGCGUCCAGUUCUCGGACGAGCCCGAGCGCCAGCUCUCGGAGAAGGAAGGCAUGAGUCUCUGGUGCUUCAACGCGUCACUUGGCGCGUGGGAGCCGUGCCUCGAACCCUGGUCCUUCCGCGCUUCGUUGGCGACAACGGUGGAGGACGACACGACGAUCCAGCGCGCGUCGUUUCACGGCAGCAAAGCGCAAAAGUGUCAUCUCAAUGUGUCGCUCUCGACGUUGACGAACCUCUGCUGCGUGCUCCGACACCUCCUCGGCGCGUCCCCACCCAUCGAGGUCCACAACGACGUCGCGUGCGGCGUCUAUGUCUGCAACGACAGCGACGAGCGCAUCUCGUACUGGGCCGCCAACGCCGACUGCCGACGCCCCCUCGAUGUGCCACCGCACAAGACCGUGCCGCUGCAGCUCGCGACAGAAACCUUCUUCCCGUCCGACCAGACCAUUUCGCUCUGCUUUGGCGACGAGUGGCAGCCGCUCAACGACGUCCGGCUCCACGCGGCCGGCGCUUUUGUGUACCACCUCAUGCCAAAAGAAAAAGGCGCCAAGAAGUCCCUGCCCGUGCUCUUGGACGUGGCGUCCGUCAACGGCCUCCGGACGCUCACCAUGUCGUCGAUCGCGCGCGUCUACAAUGACGGUGACGUCAUUGUCCGUGUCGGCGUCGUUGUGACGGACGACGACGACGGUAGCAGUCGCAUCGUCGAGGCGUGUGAGAUCGCCCCCACUACGUUCCAGGCACUGCCGCUAGCGCUCUGCAAGGGUCUCGGUGAUACGCAGCUGGUCUUUAUGCCGCUGUUGCCCGGGUACAACUGGAGCGCGCCCGUCCUCGUCGACGCCGAGGCUGUUGAAACCAUUGCGACCUGCCCGUUAUCGUCCGUAAGCAAGAAGGGCUGCAACUGCCUCGCUACCUUUAGCGCCACGACUACGCCCGCGAGCGCGACCUCGGACGUUUGCACGCACGGGGACUUUCAUCUGCGCGUCGUGUCGGCGCUCGAGGCGCCGCGCAACCGGCACGCGCUCUCGCAAUUCGUGUCGGUUCGUGUCUUGGCGCCCAUCACGAUCGAAAACCGGUGCCCAAUGCCCAUCCAAAUGCUCAUGUUUACAACCAAGAAGGUGCCGCCACCUGACGCGCCGGUGCGGCCGCCGCAGCUCGACGAAGAGAUCGAACCCGUCCAGAUCCACUUGGUCGUGUCCAAGACGAUCGCACCGAGCGAGGUGGUGCAUGUGUACGCCGCGUCCUUGCUCUACAAGACGUAUGCGUCCAUGGCGCUCGUGAGCCCGCGCUGGAGCCCGCUCAAGCCACUGCACGUACCUGAGAAGGACAAGACCAUGUGGGCGGUCGACGAUGGGAGCGGGCGCCAGCACUAUGUCCAGUGGGCCCUUCUCGAGUCGCAUCACAAGCAACGCCAAGCCGUGGUGUUUCCAAGCUACAUACUGUACGACCAGACGUCGCUCUCGCUCUUGUAUGACGUCGACGCCGCGCGGCUCCACUCGAAGAAAUCGUUCAUUUCGUUUGGAAGCAACUCGAAGAGCAAUUUAUCGGCGUCCGACAGCCUCGAGACAGACGUGAUCCACGCCUCACUACAAGCCCUCGCCAAAGACGCCGUGGUGGACGAGGCUGCCGGACGAUUGCCAUAUAUGGUCUCGGGCUCGAAUGACGUCAACAUUCGCUUGGACAAAGCCAAGUCGCUCCGCACGUCGAGCUCGGUCGUCCGCCUCGAUGCGAUCAGCGACUCAGUCCAAAACGUCCACCGCCUCUUUAGCGACGUCACACGUGAGUGGCAUGACAUUGGCGCGCUCUCGCGGGACGCCGACCACCGCACCAAGAUCAUCACGUUCGUGCCGCGCUACAUGGUGCUCAACAAGACGCCGUAUGCGCUUCUAUUGAGUCCGUCGGCGCUCUUGAAGGAGAAGGACCUCACGCGGCUUCCGACGCUCGAUGCCUCGUCGACACCGCCGCCCAACCUUGUGGGCAGUCGGCAGUACGAGCCAAAGCGGGACAGCUUCUCGACGUUUCAUUGGUCGACGAUGAGCGACCCGACCGACCCCUGCGUCCGCAUUCGCCCGGCCGAUGCGUCCGGGUGGAAGUGGUCCGGCAAGUUCUCGCUCCAUGACGUCGGUGAGACGGCGCUGAACGCGGUGAACCGGGUCACGGGCGACAUUCAUAUCGUGCGCGUCCAAAUUCGCGUCUACCGGGGCACGCAGAUCUACGUGGUCUUUUCGCACGAGGCCAACACGCCGCUGUACCGGAUCGUCAACCUCUGUGACGACGUCGUACACUUCCACCAGCACGUCCUUACGGAGGCCAACUUAACGUCGAAACCCACGAUGCGCCGCCUCUUGCCGAAAGACGACCUUUGCUUUGGGUGGGACGAGCCGUACUUUGUCGACGAACGCACUUUGGCGCUGAGUUUUCCCAACGCCGUGAGCUGCCAAGUGCACGUCGAUCGCAUCGCUGACGAGGUGCAGCACGUGGAGCUAAACGGCGCCAAGAUCUUUCUCCAAGUCGUACUCGACGGCCUCACCAAAGUGCUCUACAUCCAAGCCCACGCCCCGUCCCCACGCGACGCGCUCUUGCGGAAGAAGAAGCCGCCGCUGCUCCAUCACGCGCGGUACAUUGUCGACUGUGUCCUGCCGCACACCGUGGUGUCGCUCAUUGACGGCGUGCCCGCCGAGCUGCUCGUGCUCACUGUCACCAACGUGAUGGUCAUUGGCGGUCUGACGCCUGACGACAACGAAGUCGAGCUCACAAUCGAGCGCGUCCAGAUCGAUAACCAGACGCCCCACGCGAUGUUUCCAGUGGUGUUUGCCCCGUCGUCCUCCGCACUUACGAGCCCCACGAAUGACGACGAGGCCAAGGCGGAGCCGGCGCCGUUCGUGCAUCUGUCGCUCAUUCGGCUGUUUUACAGCGCGGACAUUGAGUUCUUCAAGUACUUCUCGGCGCUCAUGCAGCCCGCAACGCUCCAGCUCGAUGCGUCCAUCUUGCUCUCGAUCGCGCAGCUCGUCGGCAACGGCGUCAACGUCGUGCAGAGCUAUUUCCCGCACUGGUUUGUCCAAGACCACACGCUGGCGUUUGUCGAGAAGCUUCACGCCAAGAGCGAGCCGCGCGUCUACUUUGAGACCCUGCAGCUGCACCCGCUCAAACUGUGCGUCACGUUCACGCAGAGCACGCUGUCCCGUCAAGCCAAGGAGACGGUCAUGGCGGUGGUCCCACUCAUGUUUCGCGUGCUCCAGACCAACUUGGCCAACAUCGACAAUGCGUCGCUCCACCUCAAUGCGCUCCACAUUUCGUACUCGUUUUCGUCCAUCUCGCUCCUUGUGUCGUCCGUGCGCCAGCACUACACCACCCAGUGCCUCCGCCAAGUCUACUCCCUUCUCGGGUCGGCUGAGAUCCUUGGCAACCCGCUUGGGCUCGUCUCCAACCUCGGGAGUGGCGUCAAGGACUUUUUCUACGAGCCCGCCGCUGGUAUGGUGCAAGGGCCCGGACAGUUUGUGAAAGGGCUUAGCCGCGGUACCGAGAGCUUGGUCAAAAACUCAGUCUACGGCACGUUCAACGCCGCGAGCAAGCUCACGGGCAGCAUCUCGACGGGCCUCGUCAACCUCUCAAUGGACAAGUCGUACAUCCAAGCGCGUACCAACCGCAAAGCGUCGCAAGGGCCGACCAACGUCGGCGCGGGCUUCCUUCUUGGCACCAAGCAGCUGGGCCAGGGGAUCUUUGCGGGGGUCUCGGGCGUCAUCACGCAGCCCGUUAUGGGUGCUUACCACAACGGCCUCACGGGCUUCGUCGAAGGUGUCGGCAAAGGCAUCAUUGGCGCGGCGGUCAAGCCCACGGCCGGCAUCCUCGACUUGGCGGCCCAGACCACGGCCGGCAUCACGUACUCUGCCGCGACCCACGACAAGAAGCCCAAGCUGCAGCGCGUCCGCCUCCCGCGCAUGAUGGCCACCAGCGACAAGCGCUUGACGAUUUACUCGGACGAGACGGCCAUGCUCGCGAUGCUUCUCGCCAAGCUCCCCAAAGAUGCUCUCUCGAUCGACGAGCAGCACGAACUGCAUGUGAUGCUACCAGGCCACCGCGUGAUGCUAGCGACGUCCCACCAGCUCAUGGCGCUCGAUACGACGAGCGUUCUCAAGCCGCGCGUGCUCUGGGCGUACCCGGUCCGACACGUCCUGAGCAGCGUGAGCACUGACACGGGCGUGAGCAUUUCGAUCCAAGCCGAGAGCGUUAUUGUCGUCAAGGUUGCCCUCGAACCGCAGGACGACCGCGAGCGCGACCGCGUUGAAGACCUCGUGUGCAAGGUCGUGAGCCAAAACACCAACCACCGUACCGGGAGUUUUCGCUCCCAGAGUUAAGCCCCACAUCUCAUUUCUUAUCCACAA